AUGGAGAUGAUAUUCAUUCCUUCUCCGGCAACUGGUCAUCUAAUGGCCACCGUGGAGAUGGCGGAGCGACUACUCGAUGAAAACAACCGCCUCUCCAUCACCGUAAUCAUCAUAUCUUUCAACUCCAAAACCACCUCUAUAAUCGCCGCUCUCACCGCCGCAUCCAAUACCCGUCUCCGUUACGAAGUAAUUUCUGGAGAAGAACAACCCACCGACCUAACGGCAACUGAUUCCCACGUCCAAAUUCUGAAGCCACUGGUCAAAGACGCGGUUGCAAAACUCCUCGAACAGACUCGACCUGACUCGCCUCGUCUCGCUGGAUUUGUGGUCGACAUGUACUGCACGUGCAUGAUCGAUGUGGCCGACGAGUUCGGGGUCCCUAGUUACUUGUUUUACACAUCCAACGCUGGCUUUCUUGGACUCUUGCUUCACAUGCAGUUCAUGUACGCUGAGUUGGUGGUUCCGAGUUUGACUCGUCCGUAUCCGUUGAAAUGUCUUCCUUACAUAUUCAAAUCAAAGGAGUGGUUCUCGUUCUUCCGAACUCAAGCGAGAAGAUUCAGAGAGACCAAGGGCAUUUUAGUAAAUACUGUUGCUGAGCUCGAACCUCAUGCGUUGAAGUUUCUCUCCAACGGUGAUAGUGACACUCCUCCUGCCUACUCAGUGGGGCCAGUGUUGCACCUCAAAAACGACACGGACGUUACACAAGCGGAGAUUUUGGAAUGGCUCGAUGAGCAACCGGCUGGUUCGGUAGUGUUCCUCUGCUUCGGGAGCAGGGCCGGCCCCGAGAUUUCGGGGGCCUUAGGCGAUAUUCGCGAAUGUUUCAUCCGGCUUUGCCCAGGACCGGCCCUGUUCGGGAGCAUGGGAGAUUUCAGUGAGGAACAAGCGAGAGAAAUCGCCACCGCGCUUGAGGGAAGCGGCCACCGGUUUCUCUGGUCUCUCCGCCGUGCAUCUCCAAAUGUAAUGAAGGAACCUCCUCGUGAGUUCUCCAACUUGGAGGAGAUUCUCCCAGAAGGGUUUAUUGACGGGAUGAAGUGUAAAGUAGAAUAG